AUGGCGCGCACUCGGUCAUCCACCCCCUCCCACCCCCUCCCUCCCUCCUCCACCGCCGAACCGCGUCGCAGCACGCGUAUCAAAAAAUCCACCGCGCCGUCGCGCGCAGCUUCCGUCGUCGCCGACGACAACGCUGGUUCGUCGCUGUCUCUUGUUUACGCAAAGCUACUAGACGGAAAUCGCGCUGCACACAAGAAGCUGACCAGCAAGCAAAAAGACUUGCUGAUUAUUCAGCUUGCCGACCACAGCGCCGACCUCCAGCACAAAUUUGACGCUGCCACGGAGGAACGUGACAACUUGAGAGCCCGCCAGGGCAGUAACCCAAUUCGCGACCUGAUGUUCCACGACCGCAUUCGCGAAGCUCGUUGCGCCGCCAAUGAGGCACAGUUAGCAGCUGUCGCCUCCGAGACACGCGACACUGACGAGUCGGUCGAAUUUUCGUCAAACCUCAUCACUGGCACGCCAGCACCCCUCCUCAAAGCACCUCAGGCACAGCACACUCCUGACGGCGACGCGACACCGAAGGCAUCGUUUUUGGGCACGUUACUGAGAACCCUUUCGACGCCAUUCACCUCGCGCUCAAAGUCGCAAGAGAGAACCCCUCCAAAGCAGCAGAGCCCACAACAGAGUUUGGGAGAGCUGCCGGCAUCUCGCAAGCGCUCAGCGCCUGCAGAAGAGCUACCGAUGUUCCGAAAGCGCCAAGCGCCUCAAGAAGAAGAAGAGUCAGGAACAUACACCCGCUCACAGGGACCGACACCUCUCAUUUCGACGCCGGUGCGUGAGCAAGGAAUGAAGAACCCAACGCUACGACCAUCGGCUAGCUACAGCGCACAAAAGAACGCUCGGGCUUUCACUGCGCCUUCGGCCAAAAACCCACUACAGGAGACGUCUCUUGACACCAUCACAGAGCAUACAGAGUCGAGCGAGUCAAGCAUGGCUGACGGGAACCCUUCCGCAAUGAGACGACGCACGAUCACCUCUGUCCGCCGUGGCAUGCAGACACCGUCCCGGCUCACCGCACGUCCGCUUCGAUCCUGGAAUGCGCCACCACCGCCAAAAGAACCAAACGCCGACCGACGUCUGGAGCAAGUGCGAAUGUACGAAUACUACAAGAAUAAGGUUCAAGCAAUGGAACAAGAGCGUGGGAUUCAGGAGCUCAUCGAGCGCCCGACGAAGCGCGUUAAGGUGGACAGAAUGCACAGUAUCCCACACAAGCAGCCAGGCGAUCCGGAUGGCACAUUUGCAGUACCUGACAUUGACUCUGAUGACGAGAUGCUUGUCGAUGCCGACGAGGAGACACACAGCAACAUCUUUGAGCAGACACCAAAUGGGACAGAAGAGACACCUGCUGCGACUGUUCAAACAACACCGCCAGCCCCGAGACAGGCGACAACGGUGCAAGCGGCUCCUGCUCAAGCAGCAUCCAUGCAAGUAGCUCUCGACCAGGCCGUUCCUGACGAGGCAGCUCUCAAAUCAGCAGCUCUCAAACCAGCAGCUCUCAAACCAGCAGCCCCUGAACCAGCAGCUCUCAAACCAGCAGCCCCUGAACCAGCAGCUCUCAAAUCAGCAGCUCUCAAAUCAGCAGCUCUCAAACCAGCAGCCCCUGAACCAGCAGCCCUCGAACCAGCAGUCCCUGAGUCGCCUCCAAUGGUCUUUGACUUCCCGGAUUGUGGCAGAAACCCACCUGGCGUUGUCAACAAAGGCGACAACAAGUACCUGGGCGCAAAGUUUGCGUACGGAUUGGAGCAUUACAAGUUGACUGGAGAGGUGCUUGAUUUUUGGUGACUGGACUCUUCGAGUGGAGUCUGCGAUGGCAUUACGACAGAGUUCACGAUUGAGACGAGUGCAACGACGAUGCUACAUUGAAAGCGACGGUGUUAUUGGAAUUUUGCAGCGUUUGGGAAAAGGCGACGUUUGAGCAACGACAGGAUCGUGUAAAAAUUGACAAUGGACGGAAAGCACCACUUUGCAACGUGCCGCCGGCUUUGGACCCCCGCAAGGGUGAGUUGACUUGGCUGGAUGGCUGUUGGAGGGGCGGCAUCGGUACUAUUACGAUUGAGACGACUGAGAUGUUCAGGAUGGGUUGCAAGCGAAAAAAGUGCUAUGGGAGGUUUGCAGCGUUUGGGAAAAGACGGCGUUGAGCGACGACAGGAUCGUGUCAAGAUUGAGAUUGGACGGAAAGCACCACUUUGUAACGUGCCGCCGGCUUUGGACCCCCGCAAGGGUGAGUUGACUUGGCUGGACGGCUGUUGGAGGGGCGGCUUCUGUGUAUGAUCACGCUUGAGACGAGCGAGAGGUUCAGGUUGCUGCAUUGCAAGCGAAGGCGUUAUGGGAUUGUUUUGUUUUGCUUUCUUUGCAGCGUUUGGGCAUAAGCGGCAUGGUGGGACAAACAGGAUCGUGUGAGAGAUACCUUAUGGACAGCACCACUUGGUAACAUGCCCCCGGCCUUAGACGCGCGGAAGGGGGAGUUGACUUGGGUGGAUGGCUGUGGGCGUGGCGAGUUCUGUACUCGUUCUUGUACACUUGAUAGCGAAGAUACCCCCAAUGAGCACGAGCGAUUGACU